UUUAAUUUUUUAAUUAUUUUUUUUUUGGGGAAAACAAGUGAAAUUAGAUUUUGUAGAACCCAGUUUCAGUAAUGAUUUCUUCUUACUUCGUCUACAUCAAUCAAAACGGCAGCUUGUGAUUCGUAUAUAUCUAUACAUAUAUAUUUAUAGAGAGAGAGAGAUACAGAUAUAUAGGGUAUUGAUUCAUAUAAUUUGGUUUUAAUAUUAUUCUGAAUAAAUGUCUGAAUUGGUGGCUCGGACUGGCCGGCAUCAGCAGCGUUACGAGGGUGGCUACCGCCUCAUUGCUGGGUGUAUUCCCUUCAAAUAUAGGAAUGUAACGGAAAAUGGUGAUGACACAUCUGAAAAGAUGGUUGAAGUGCUAAUGAUCAACUCUACCGGUGGGCCUGGUCUUCUAUUUCCGAAGGGUGGGUGGGAGAAUGAUGAAACAGCUGAGGAGGCAGCGGUAAGGGAAGCCAUGGAAGAGGCUGGAGUACGAGGCGAUUUAGUGCAUUUCCUUGGAAAUUAUUCAUUCAAGAGCAAAACCCUACAGGAUGAAUAUAGUCCAGAGGGUUUAUGUAGAGCUGCUAUGUAUGCUUUGAAUGUGGAGGAGGAGUUGGAGUGUUGGCCGGAGAAAAGCCACCGUCAAAGAAGUUGGCUUACAAUUCCAGAAGCAAUUGAAUGCUGCAGACAUGCUUGGAUGAGAGAAGCUCUCGAUCAAGGUUUCUCUAAAUGGUAUGCCGAUGGUAUGAACCGUACUUUGCCGAGACAAGGUUCUCCCGACUCAUCUUCCGAUCCGCAAUGAGAUAUAUUCAUAUAUUUUAUAUAUAUAUAUUUUCGUAAAAGAAUUCUCUAGUUAUGAUACCGUCCGAAGCUGAGUUUGUACGUACAUACGUACAUUCUUUGUUUUGGCUCUUUAAAUUUCGUUUGGAGAUUAGGGAUUGGGAGUAAGAUGCAAAUACUUUUUCGUUGGUUUUUUUUUUAGGUGUUUUAAAAUGUUCUGAUGAUCGAUGACGUUUUUUUCUUUUUAAUAUUUUUUUUGGGGGGGCUCUUUCGAGUUUUAAUGGAAAGAGGAACUAUUGCAUUGAAUUCUCUUGUCAUUCUUGAUCAUCUCUUCUUAAGUGUGUAUGAGAUGAAGUUUAUCAUUGGUAUCGAUAAUUUUCUUUUUCUUUUA